AUGGGUCGACUUUUGCCACUUUUCCUUGGUGUCUUUGGUACACUGCGUAUUCUUGCCGUUUCCGCUCAAAGUGCCCCGGCGUGUGUGGAAACUUGCACGAACAAUGUCCGAAAUAAAUUCGCAGACCUAAAGUGCCCAGACGCCAGUGCCGCCCCUUGCUUCUGCACGAAUCCGAUAUUCUAUUCCGCCAUUCUCGAGUGCAGCAAGCCGCAAUGUGGAGCAACAGCCGACAACGUCUCCACGUACCUCUCGACGCAUUUCUGUACUGGCCAGCCACUUCCCAAGAGUGAUGACACAGCUGCCCCGACCUCCGCGGCUUCGCAAACGCCAACGUCUUCAGCUCCCGCUACCACCGCCGAGACUACUCCAGCAACUUCACCGGCCACGACGACUUCUGCGACUGUCACGCCGACCACCACAUCUGCUGCCGUUGAAACAACACGCACAUCUACGACGUCGUCCUCGACGUCGUCCUCGACGUCUUCCACUUCAGGCAGUGCUACUUCAUCUAAUCCUGCUGCGCAAGGCUCUUCCUCCAAGGGCCUGCCUCAGGCGGCAAUUGCUGGAAUUUGCGUGGGCGUGGGCACCGCUAACAUAGCCAUUGCCGGUAUUGUCAUUUGCAUGUUGCUCAAGUCCCGAAGACGCAGGCCGAGCCCCAGUGGCAACCACAGGGCCAUUUCGAAGCCGUCUCUGGGACCUGACAGGAUGUAUCCUCAACAUGAUAUGGGCUUCAGGCGCGAUGGAGAUCGCUCUAUGGAAAAGUACGGCAAUGAUCUUGAAAUGACGUCGCACCGCUAUGAAGACAUGGUGCCUCGGACCCAGCCUAGAACCUUGGUGUAG